UAAAUUUUGUGAGCGAUUAGUGGUACAUGUACAUUGGAUAUACAUGCAACAAGUAUGUGUUUGAUUACAACUAUAUCUUAUUAAAUGUAUUGACAUUAAGAUGCAAGUCGACGAAUAUUCAUUUAAAAAUGUGGAUCUAAAUGUAGAGUGGUAAAAUGUGUAGGUUGUGGUAUUUCGUUUUCCUAAUAUUGUUUGUAAAUAUCGAAGGACAGAGUGGGGAGGAUGUUAAAAAUCUAAUCAAACAAUUAUUUACAACAAAUGAUUAUAAAAAGCAAGUCCGACCAAAUCGGGAUCAGCAUCACCCUAUGAAUUUAGAUUUAGAUUUUUACCUUGUUGGAAUAAAUGAAUUGGACGAACUAAAACAGAGAUUGAUAACAACCGGGUAUUUAAAUAUUGGAUGGAUAGAUGAGUAUUUGAAUUGGACAUCUGCAGACUUUGGUGGAUUAUAUUAUUUUUACGUUCCACAAGCAGAUAUUUGGAUACCUGAUAUAACAUUACAAAAUGGAUUUACAAAAUUGCAGGAACUUGGAAGCAGUUUUAUCAAAGCUCAGGUUGAAAGUAACGGACAAGUAGCGUGGAUGCCGUUUGAAGUUUUUGAAUCAAAAUGUAAAAUAGAUAUUACAUAUUUUCCCUAUGACCAACAAUCAUGCGACAUAAUUUUUGUUGUGUGGUCAAGUAGCGUUACAGAUGUGAGUGUUACUCUGUGGAAUAAUGGAAUCGUUCUGGAUAGCUUGGAGAAUAAUGCAGAAUGGUCAGUAGUAUCAACAGCCGCACGAGAGGACGUUUUGUCGUUCGAAUCUAGGGUUAUAUUUACACUAAACUUGAAAAGAAAUCCGACUUAUUAUUUAAUGAAUAUCAUCAUUCCAAUCAUUUUACUGAGUGUAUUGAAUGUGUUUACUUUUGCAAUUCCGGCUGACAGUACUGCGAGAAUGGGGUAUUGCAUAACGGUGUUUCUUUCGAUGGCCGUUUUCCUUACAAUUGUCAAUUCCCAGCUUCCCAAAACAUCUGGAUCAAUAUUGGGAUAUUAUUUAUUGUUCCAGCUAGGUAUGGGAACUUUUGUUGUGUGCUGUUCGAUUAUAGAACUUCGAUUGCAUCAUCGUAAAGACGAUGUUCCAAAGAACAUAAUCAAGCUAAUGAGAUUCCGGCAUGUAAAGAAAAUUACAUCAAUGUAUCAAAAUGAAACAGACAAUGAACAAGAGAUGACGUGGGGUGAUGUUAUUUCUUCAUUUGAUUUUGUAUUGUUUUGGAUAACGUCUGUAUUAGUUGUAAUUGCUGCAAUUACAGUUUUAGGAUUGCUUUGUACAAAUUAGAUAAAACGCGUUCUCUUGCGUUAGAUUGUGGCUCUUUGUAAAAAAAUGAUUAAAAGGAUCAAUAUAAUGCCCAGAGGCGAAUCCAGGGGGUGGUCAUCCGGUGCACGUAACCUUACCCCCCCCCCCCCCCCCCCCCCCCCUCUGUGGUUGGCAAAAAUGGUGCACCAUGUACAAAAUUUUGAUUGAAUUAUCAAUCGGUCUAUCACUGGUAAUCAAGGUUCAUUACUUACCGUUAAGCGAUUUACAUGUACCUUGACAUGUAUGUUUUUACGAAGAACAUGUAAUAAGCGAUCCUUAAUUACUUCUUCGAUUCCUUUGAUGUGUUGGUGUGAAAAUGAAGGGACAUUCCUCAAUUUUAGAUGGGUUUUUUUUUUAAUGGGACUGGUAAUUGAUAUUUUUUUUUAUAUUUCGAUUUUCUAAAUUUUAAAAGUUUUUUGUAUGACAACUUUCCUCGACUUUUAAUGAUAAAUGAAAUCUACAGUGAUGCCAAAAUUCAAAUAUUUUUUAUUCGUUUUGAGUCUUAUUAACAAACUCUUGAUUUUACUGAAAAAUUGACUGAUUCGAUAUGACGGGUUUGUGUACUCUCCUUCAAAAGAAGGAGCUUAUUUGUAAAUACUGUGCUCUGUUUGGGUUGACAAUUUGGGAUCCUUAGCACACAAACCAUUUACUAAUUGUGCACAUGCUUGAACUAGACUAAACAAACAUUUCGGCCGGGAUAACAAACCUUGUAAAUAGAGCAACGCUGAGGCUAGAGCCAAUGCACUACUUUUCCUUGACAAUGUUGAGAAAAAGACAGUAAAUAUACAAACUUUUAUUGAUGCACUGAUGCACGUGCAUUAUUAUUUGCUUUUAGAACUUGAUGUGAUAAUUGACACGUUUGCACGCAGGAUCCACUAAAAAUGAAAUUGGAAUCAAUUUUAUAAGUCCUGUCUAACCAUGUGCUUUAUAGUUGUUACUAUUUUCAUGACAUUAAUAUCAAUAAAACAAAAGUGAUUUUUUAUAAGAUUUCGAAAGGUGACCUCCACCAGACAUAUUUCUUGAUCCGCCCCUGAUGCCGGCUGCUGGGUGGUUCAGGAAUAGAAUACAAAAUGACUUCAAGUCUGCAUUUACAACUUAUAAAUGAAUAUUGCUUAUCAA